CAUCGUGAAAUCGGGAUCGUUGGAUCGAGACAUCGAGAUCGCUUUCUCCGCUUCGAAUAUACGUGUCAUUUCAGGUUUUUCUGUGGUUUUCAGUUGAGGAAUGCAACAAUCAGACAAUAUGGAGAACGAAAAUUCAGAACAAGAACAGCAGGUGGAUAUGGCGAAACAAAGCCUUUACAUCAAAGAACUGCUGAAGGAGAAAAUGCAACUGGACCCGGAGCAUCACGCCAAUGCUAUGAGGCUUGUCGACGAAGAGGUCCAAAAAGCGCAAACUUUGAAAACCCCUAAAGAAAAUCGUUAUGUAGACAUCUACAGAGAGAAACCUAUCAGAGUGGCUGUCAAAGUAUUAGUUCCUGUCAAAGAACAUCCAAGGUUCAAUUUUGUAGGUAAGCUGUUGGGCCCUAAAGGCAACUCUUUAAAAAGGCUACAAGAAGAAACCAUGUGUAAAAUGGCCAUCCUAGGUCGUGGUUCCAUGAGAGAUAAAGCUAAGGAAGAAGAAUUACGACAAGCUCUAGACCCCAAAUAUGCUCACCUUGCAGAUGAGUUGCAUGUGGAAAUUGUAGCUCUAGCGGCACCAGCUGAAGCGCACGCCAGGAUUGCUUUUGCCUUGGCAGAACUCAGUAAAUAUUUAGUACCUGACCUAAAUGAUGAAAUCCAUCAAGAACAGAUGCGCGAGAUCCAGCAGUACGGACCUCCGGGAGUUCGACCAGGCCCACCACGUGCAGGAAUUCGUCCUGCAAUGCCCCCACCGCAACGAGCCCCGAUGGGUAUGGGACCUCCAGUGCGCCCUCCUCGACCUGCUCUUGGUAUUCUUCCCCCACCGCGUCAAGGUCCCCCACAUUCUGCUGGGCUUUUGCCUCGACCUGGUGUGAAAACGGGGAAGGUCCUGAGCAUUCUUGACAGAGCACGCGCUGCCAUGGAAGAAUCAUCCUAUGGAGCAGGUCCCGGCUAUGAUGCAGGUUAUGAUGCUGGUUAUGAUUCUAUGGGCUAUGAACUCUCAAGUUACAACAACUCAUACAAUGGAGGAAGUUCUGAUUACUACGAUUCAGUCAGCUAUCCUGGUCAGGAUUACAGCUCUGAGGUAGUGGCACCACACGCACCCAGCUCUGGACGUUGGAAAGGUUACUCUCCCACCGGUGGCAGUGGUAAAGGGCCCUCAAGUCUACCUAUCUCUGCUUCCCGCUACAGCGCUCAAGGCAUCCGCCAUUCACCAUAUGGCCGUCCUAAAUCCUAUGAUUGAGGACUCUCGUGUCUGCCCCUAGCUGAGACAACAUAUUGAAUGGAAACAGUUUUCAAAAUAGAGCAAGUGAAACACGCAGCGGAUGAUCUUACAAGAUGAUUUAAAUCCUGAAUGGUUGGCUAAUCGAAGUUAUUAUUUUGUCUUUGGAAGUCCAUUGUUAGGACGUGAUUACAUGAGAGGUAGGCAAGGUAAUUUAAUGAUGCAUACUGUCAAUUUUUGACAGGCACAAGGAGUUCUUAAAUUACAAAUCGUGCUGAUUUUAAUGUACCAUUAAGGUAUCAUUUGGAUGGCGCAAGAUCAGCUCUAAAUAAUGAAAAUAACCCCGAACCCCCCCCCCCUAAGUGCAAAUUUAAGGUCUAUUGAAAAAUGUAUAACUAAUGUAAAGAAAUGUGCCUGUGACUUUACAUUUUUAAGUUGGACCUUGGCCCAAGUAAAAAUUUAGUUCUUGCGUGCUUGCUUCAAUACUGGUUGUAAUCACUUGAAAUUUAUCUUUCUGUUUCACUUUUUGCUAGUUGUGCAAUCAAAAAUGUUUCGUUAGGGAUUCUAUGAAAUUUCACAGGAAUGAGUUUUAACUUGACGACAUUUCACCGCAGUGACAUUCGAGCACAGCUGCUAUUCAUUGCCAGUAUCAUACUGCUGUAGGGAAAGAUUUAGUCUACUGAAAAAUUUACGAUUCUCCCCAAUAUUUCUUCAAAAAUUCUUUUGGAUAAUUAUUUACCCAAACUAACCACAAUCAUACACAUCUUAUCAAAGAAUUUUUUCCUGACGAUACUGGGUUUGUAACCGUUUGAAACUGUCUUGCACUAAUUUGAACAAGCUAAGUAUCUCCAAAGCAACUGCUUUGGAGCAUUCUUCAUUUAAAUUUCUACAAAUGGUCAAAACUUUCUUUUCGUACAUGGCAUUGAUUUAAGAGAACAAAUUAUUAUAACGAUUGAAUAUCAAUUCUAUAAAUGAGAAUGGGAUAUCAGGGAAACUGAUUAUUUCAAGGCAAAAAUUCAAAAUUUCUUCUCUCAAUGAGAUAUCAAUACUUAGAUCAUACGUAUUAUGACCUUGUGUUGUUACUGGCAGAGUAUUGGAGGAAGGGGACAGACUUUCACAAGCAUUACGACUGGUAUUAACAUUUUCAGUAUUUGUCUGACUUUGGCUCACAUCUGGCUCUGCAAAACAAGCAAUGACAUCGGAAGGAUGAGUUAUUUGAUUGCUAUUUUGAGGUUCAGAUCCAAUCAACGGAAAACCUGCUUUACUUAGGUUUUUCUGGAUGACUAUUUUCUAAAUCAUCAACGAAUCAGUUCAUGAUCAUAAAAUAACAAACAUGUAGAAUACCAAUACUCUUUUGGGAGCACAUUUUUGGGGGUUAACGUCACAAUGUACUAUCCGUCUCAUAAAAAAUAAACUUUGUAAAUGAAUUGAAACUUGGCAACAUGACACGGUAUCUAUCCAUAUAGAUUGUUAAAAAAUUUUGUCAUGCAGAAAAUAACUACACCGCGCGCAAAAAGCAUUGUAGCGGGUUGAAAUGAGUUUGACUUGUGAUUAGCUCUACGUUUGACUUGGUUAUUAUUAUGGAAGUUUGUCGUAGAGUUAGAUUAAUGCUCAAGGCGAACGUUAAAAAGGUUUCUCAUCAAGCGUAAACGUCUAGAUAAACCAGUAUGCUCAAAAGCCGUUUGAAGAUUUCUCCACAUUUCUGCGGGAUAGUUGCACAUUCGUAUGUGCUUAAUGCAGUUAGGCUCGACCAUUAAGGAAUUUUUAGUGAUCGCUUUUCGACGCUUUAGUUUAAGAUCAUCGUCGGUAGCGGCCACUAGAUUGCUAGGAAUUUCAGGAUCUGUGAUGUCCCAAAGAUCAUCGUAGUCUAAAAAUUUUGACAUUUGAAACUUCCAUAAGGAAUAAUUAUCCUGACCUGAGAGUUUUGGGAAAGACGGAAGACCUAUUGAUCCUGCGGUUGAACUGGACUGCGGCAUGAUGGAAGUCGUAGUAGGCGAUUCUUCCAAGUUGAGUUGAGCACCACGGUUAUCUUCAAAGAUGUCGUUUAGGUUGCAGAAAUCGUUGUUUGUACUUGAAUCCAAGAGAGAAUUGUCCGUAUCAAGAUCUGAAUCGAGUGUCAUCUGUAGUUGAAAGACGCGCACGAGUCAGAAGACGAUAUCCACGAGAUCACGCAGCGACGCGAGAAGCACGGGUCCAUUUUGAUUUCGGUGAGAAAUUCGGACAAACUUACGAAAAACGGAUGAGUACGGAUAAAAACGGAAGGCCCAUAACCUGUCGUUUGAGGUUAUAUUACAUAAUAAAAGUAAAAGGCUUAAGCCAUGUCGCCUACUAAAGCUCUUCUUCUCUUUUCUUUUGUUUUUUCCACCGCUGUGCAUUAAUCUAACUCUACGACAAAGUUGACUUUGUUGACUGAGGCGGGUUUAAGUUCACUAGCAAUUGUUUCGAAGUUGCGAACAAACUUGAUCGCAUCCUCCAGAGUUAGAUCGCUUUUCUCCCACAAUUUUUUUUUGAGGUUGACGGAGUUGAGCCCAUUUACAAAUUUGACAAGGAGCCUGUUCUUGAGGUUGUUUCCGAAGUUGCAUUUAUCUGCAAGAAGUCUAAGAGAGGUUAAGUACAUUGCAGCAGUUUCGCCAUCUGCCUGGAACCUAGAUUCAAACUUUAGAAUGUCGGAAAAAAGGAUCUUGUUUGGUUCUUAGGUUUCUUGGAGGAGUGUGACAAGUUGGUCAAAUGAUUUGCUUGAUGGUUUCUCAGGCAACAAUUGAGUUCUUAAUUCUGAGUAUACACUCCAAGAAUAGGUAGUUAAGAAGUACCUUACGUUUACUGUAUGCCUUGGUGAUUUCAUUAAGAUCGCAAAAGUUUUCUAGCAUUUCUAACCAUGUUGAUAGGGAGACUUUGGUUUCAAAAGGUUUCAAGGUUCCAACAUACGUUGCCGUGGUGGCAGGAAGUAUUCGGUUGGGUGGAUCUUGAUUUCGAUCGUCGCUCAUUUUUCGUUCCUAAGGAUUUCAAGUUUGACGGGUUGCACGGUAGACACGCGGUUCACUUGGUUGACUUGGCUUGACACGGUUGAUUCUUUCUUCAUGUGCCUUGCAGUAAAGGUGACCGGCGCGGCGCGGUUGGUUGACAAAUAUAGCUGUUAAAAAUCCGUCAACUAAAUCUACUGCUGUGCCAUGACCCAUAAAUAUUGAAUUGUAAUAGUAAGUUUUAAUGAAAUUUUUGCUUGACCAAAUUCUGACAUGACCAUCCAUUUGUUUUUUUUUCAGUUUUUUAUUGAAUGUUUCGUCAAAACACAUUACGAAGAGAUCAUUAAGCUCAUUAAUUUGAGUUGAAAGUCUUUGUUUAAGAAAGGGGUAAAUACCAAAGACCACAAUAUACAUGGUUUUCUGCUCACCACAUGAGAAAGAAGCUGCAAUUGCACUGUCAGAGAAGAUUCUCUUGAAUAUUGGUCCAAUAUCAUUGUUCGAUCUUUAAGAAUGAUAAUUCUUAAUUGUCGGAAGUGUCCAAAUAAUUUCCGCAUCUAAUACUUCAUCACGAGUUACAAAAUUAGAAACAGUGGAUCCCAAUGAACUUACGGGAACAACUUCACGACUAGAGCUACCUGAACUUGAACUUGGAGCUCCACUUGGUAAUGUGUUUGGGCUUGAAGAGCUAUUUGGUGAUAUUAUGUUCAAAGUUAGUUGCGGUUUUACUUUACCCCCACAUUUCUUAGCAUUUGUUGUAUGUCUGUUCCCUUGCAAAUGACUUUUGAGGGCGGACUCCCCCAUCGCACCGAUUUUGAUGGGUUUAUUACCACAAAAAAGACAAGCUGCACUAUGAUUAUCAUUGGGGACACGUCGGAGCCAGUCUUUAUAUGCCGAGUCAAGUAACCAUUUGUCAUUGAACACACACGGCAUUUUUUAAAAUAAAAAAUACAUUUAAGGCGAAAAAAUACAACGUAAAACACGCCGAUAUUUAGUAAGAGCCCGUAAGAGGCAUGGAAAUUUUCAGUCCAUGGUCACCCGCACGCGGAAAUUUUGCGCUUAAAAUAACAGCACGAUGUCGCAGAUUGAUUAAGAUCACAAAUUAUAUCACUCGCCGAUAUUAAUUUCAUGACACGAUGACCGCGACCGCACAGUAAAAUAGUCGGCGAAACAGAAAACACGCCGCCGCCGCGGGAAUGAUGAAUUCAGGCGUGACGUUAAAGGAAAACAAACAGUGCGAAAACCUCUUGUUUGGAAAAAACUUGACACCUUGCAUGCGAAGACGCGCGCGCCGUACGCACUUCGCCAGACACUCCCCGCCCGCACGCACUGCCCCCUCUCCAUCCCCUCCAAAGGGUAUCGUCGAAACUGACUCCGCUCUGUUGCCAUGCCCCCGACACAACGGCACACGUAGGCCUACGUCCCCUCUUGUCGUUUUCGUUCACUCGCCUUGCAGCGACGAAAGACUGAGCGGGCAACUCAGCAGAGUAGUUCUCGUUUCAAUUUCAACACGUUUUAAUACUUUCCAGCGUACGUCUGAAAAGUCGAACGCUUUCUCAUUUGACCUCCGAAAAGUGGAUUUGAGAAAUUCAAGCACGUUUUCAAGCACUUUCCAAAAAAUCAAGCACUUUCAAGGCCUUGAAUUUUUUUUUAAAAUCAAGCACUUUUCAAGCUUGCAUGAACCCUGUCUCUGCUGGUUUUCGCGAUUUUUUUUUUUUUAAGGCCCAAAGUGGGACACCCUAAUGGGCAUAUCUCAGCCCAGUGUGCUGUGUAAUGUAUCUCCUGUUUUGUAAUUUAUUCUAGUAUGUAAUUUUCACCCUUAAAAAAGAAAAAAAUGAUGUACCACCCUCCUCGCAAAUGCUGGUCUGAUUUGAAGAUGCCAAAGUAGCAUUGACAGUAACCAGGUUUUACUACCCAUCUCAGUUGCUCUCACUAGGUAACUGCAGACAAUGCAAUGUUGCUGCUCCUUGAAAAAGUAAUCCAUACAGUGAUCAAUACAGAGGAUAAGGAGGAGAGGUGGGUAUCACCUGUCUUUGCAGUAAAUCUAAAAUCAGGUCAGAGCUUGAGAAUAGCAAGCCUUGUUCCUUUGGAGACGCUUUAAGUAUACUUUGUCAACAGUUUCAUUUGACUGUGUGUUCUUCCAUCUUAGCCCCUUAUUAAUUGAACCUCUUGAAGUGGCAGUGCUUAAAGGCCUGACUCUCCACCAGUAUCUUGGGAUUGCUGGAAACCUCACUUUUGGAGAUACAAUGUUUCCUUAUCAGCAGCAAGAGCCAUCUUACUUUUUUGUUGACUACUGAUUUAGGUACGCUAAGAAUUCUAUCAACUGUUGGCUUGUACGUUCAAGACUUACUGAAAUAUUGCUUAACAGCCAACCAGAAGAUAAAGUCCAUACCGAAUAAGUAUAUGCGCUUUUGAAGCAAGGCAGAAGAUCUGCUAUCUUGAUUCUUGUACUCCUCUUCAGUGCUAAACUGAAGGCAGCCAAUCAUUAGUUGCCCUCAAAAAGUGAGUAUCCUUAUUUGACAUUGACUACAUCUUCAAGGUCUGAGUAAUGGAGCUCUAUAAGGCUAGUGGAGGGUCUUUAACUGCUUCCACUUCAUUGUCAUUUAUCAAUUUUAAAUUUUUCUCCUCUUAUUUUUAUGCUUUUUUUAUUACCAGGAUGACCAAUCAAUAUUAUUGCCUGAAAUUUCUUGUGAUUUUUCUUCGCCUUCCCUCAAAUAUUGUGCCAAAAAUUUCAUACGAAAAUGUCCAAUUGUACACAUUCUUUUCCGCAAAUAAAAUAUGAAUGGAACGCUUAUAAUGUUAUAAUUUGAAUACAUGUUUUUCCAGUUUCAUACAUAAUCUAACGAUUAAAAAUGAAUGAUCCCUCACCG